UGUUGUUCCACCAGAUGAGCAGUGCGAAUGCCUGAGCCAAUUCUCGCACGGCUCCCGAUUUCCUCCGACUUCACAAACCCGACCGUUUGCAUUCUGCAGGUCCACCAGGGCUGAUAGAACCGCCCAUUGGAGAUUUUGUACAUAAGUCCACGAUACUUCGGCCAAGGCACACUCCUGCUCUCGAGCUGUGAGACUCCAUCUCCGGGAACCAUGUCAUUCACCACUCAAAGCUAUUCAGGGCGCAAGGCCGGUUCCGUGAUCCUGAGCGGCUCCUCUCGGACCCAAAGGACCAGUGUGGUCAGCGGGCCGGUGAAAACUCGCCGCGCCGUCAGCGUCUACGGCCAAUCGUCCCGGGGCAGCCGCAUCUCCACCGCUACCUAUGGCUCCAACAAGGCCAGCAACUUCGGGGGCUUCUACUUGGGCAGCUUCAGCUCGGGGGUGCUGGGGCCCUUCUCCAUCAACGAGAAGCAGACCAUGCAGAACCUGAAUGACCGCUUGGCCACCUACCUGGAGAAGGUGCGCUCUCUGGAGCAGUCCAACAGCCAGCUGGAGCGCCAGAUCAGGGAGUUCUACGAGAAGAGGUCUCCUGCCUCCAUCAAAGACCUGGGUGCCUACUGGAAAACCAUCAACGACCUCCGAGCCCAGAUCAAUGCUGCCUCGCUGGCUAAUGCCAAGGUCUUGCUGCAGAUUGACAACGCGAAACUGGCUGCAGACGAUUUUAAAACCAAGUACGAGUCAGAGCUGGCCAUCAGGCGCGGAGUGGAGAUGGACAUCAGUGGGCUGCGCAAAGUCCUGGAUGAAUUGACCAUUGCAAGAGGUGAUCUGGAGUCACAAAUAGAAGCAAUGAGAGAAGAACUAAUUUACUCCAAGAAGAACCACGAGGAAGAGUUGAAAUCUCUCCGCAGUCAGCUUCGUGGCACAGUGACGGUGGAUGUUGAUGCUGCUCCAGGUGAGGAUCUGACCAAAGUCCUGGCUGAAAUGAGAGAAAAGUACGAACUAAUGGCAGCCAAGAACCAGAAGGAGGCGGAGUCCUGGUUCAAGGAACAGUCGGCGACUCUCAGUCAGACGAUGACCACCAGCUCCCAGCUGGUGCAGACGGAGAAGGAGCAGCUCACUGAACACAGACGCAAAAUGCAGUUGGUGGAGAUCGACCUUCAGACACUGAUAAGUGUGAAAUCAUCCUUGGAAGCCAACCUGCAGGAGACAGAAGAUCGCUACGCUGAGCAGCUGUUCCACCUUCAGGACCUUCUCAGUCAGCGCGAGGCAGAGUUGUCCAGGAUCCUGGCAGACUCGCAGAGGCAGUGCCAAGAGUAUGCACAGCUCCUGGACAUCAAAACCAGACUGGAGAUGGAGAUUGCCACGUACCGUCGCCUCCUGGAUGGAGAGGAUGUCAGCUAUUCAACGGAAAUCAAAACCAUAGAAACCAUCAGAGAACCGGAAGUGGUGACCACCAAGAAGGUUGUAACCAUUACUGAAACACUCGUCGAUGGGAAGGUCGUUGAGUCUCAUCAGGAAGUUAAAGUAGCUACUACUUAACCAACCUCUUCUUACCCAGUUGUGAUCUCUAUAAUCCUCAGAAGACAUAAACUCCAUUAGCCAACAGAUAAUGUUUUCUUCUUUGGAAUUCUGCUGGCCUUAAAUAAAGUAGUUUCUAGUGAUUCAUUAAA